AUACCGAAGGAUCGCCUAAAUAUCUUUAUUAUUAUAUAAAGAAAAAAAAACACAGAAGUACUAGGGUCGGUUCGUUCAACAGAAACAGUUCGAGCUGGUCCUCCAGCAUGACCGCCGUCUAAUGACAGGUUAAUGUGUGUGUCUGUGUUUAUGUCGUUUACAUUUACGUCAUGCGCAUGGUCAACCGGAAGUCCGUCUCCACCCCCUUAUCGCUGUCCGUUGCACCCGUUUAUGAAUCGACGCCAAAAGAAGGGCUUUUGUUUCGAUCCUUUGCCACUGAUUAACUUUAAUUCGUGAAUAUAAUGUUAAACAAACAAACAAAUGUACACUGUUAAUAUAUUUGCCAAUAGUAAGAAACUGGAGAGAGAAAGAGAGCCGAGCGGCGGACGGUGUUUGGAGAAGCUGUGGGCCGUUCUGUGACUGUCUAGGAUGGUUAAGGUGCCUAGCAUCAAAGAACCUCAGAUGACAUUGACAAGAGAGAAUAUUUCACUUUGGUAUCCUGGAAGAUAGUAUUCAGAACAGACAGAACGGAUGCAUGGAUUUACAUAAAUCUUUGAGGAAUUCUAUUGAAAUUUCUUUUGUAAACAAAAUUUCUCAAACAUCACUGUUUGGAAUGUGUGCAAGAUUUUUGGAUUCCAAUUAAAGUUGAAUAAAUUUGCAGCAUCUUUAGAUAUCAACAAAGAUCACUGUUGAUGGGAAUAUAGGUGUUAAAAUAUGUAUGAUUAAACUAUAAGUACAACUGUAUAUAUAUAGUUGUGGUAGAGGAGAAAUUAUUUAAAAAUCUAUUUGAGAAAGUGAAAGGAUUGAGUUUAUUUUCCUCAAGAGAUGGCAGAAGGGACAGGGAAAUCAACAGAUAGUAGUGAUAUCUGUGAAAAGUCAUCCUCUCAAAAAUGUAACAUCUUGACUCCCAGACGAAUUCCCAAAGUAGCAAAACCACAUCGGUGUGAUAUUUGUGAUAAAACCUUUUCUGAAAAUAAUCUCUUAAUUAGACAUAAACGCGUACAUACAGGUGAGAAACCAUAUCACUGUGAUAUCUGUGAUAAAUCAUACUCUGAAGGAAGUCACUUGACAACUCACAAACGUACACAUACUGGAGAAAAACCAUAUCUUUGUGAUAUUUGUGGCAAAACGUUCUAUCAAAAAUGUGACUUAACUAAACACAAGUACUUUCAUACAGGAGAGAAACCAUUUCAUUGUGAUGUCUGUGAUAAAUCAUUCUCUAGAAAAAGCCACUUGACCACUCAUAAAAACAUUCAUACAGGAAAAAAGCCAUAUCACUGUGAUGUCUGUGGUAAAUCUUUCUCGGAAGGAAGUACCUUAACUAAACACAAGCGCUGCCAUUCAGGAAUCAAACCUUUUAAAUGCGAUAUCUGUGGUAAAUCAUUCUCUCAGGUAGGUAGCUUAAACAAGCACAGACUCAUUCAUACAGGAGACAAUCCAUAUCAUUGUGACACCUGUAACAAUUCAUUAUCUAUUGUAACUUGACUGGACACAGGUGUAUUCAUCAAUACCUGAUGAAUCAUAUUUUGAAGGGAAGUCCCUUGAAUAAUCCACAUGUAGACUCAGAGAGAAGAGAAUAUCAUGAAUGUAACCCUAUCCAUGGUAAAGUAUUCUCUCAAAGCAGCCACUUAGCUACACCUGUAUAUAUUCAUACAGAAGAUUUACCAUAUAAUGUCAAAAAUCUUUCCAUAAAUCUCAUGUUAUAUAACCAUCGGUGUAUUUGUUUGACAAAGAAGAUAUAGCAAUCUUCAGACACUUUGUAUAACCAUAUCUAUGUCCACUUUAAUGCAAUAAAUUAUAACUGAUAUUUUUAAUAAA